CACCGCCUCUCUAUCUCUCUCUCUCUCUCUCUCUCUCUCUCUCUCAGACACACACUCACACGCACCUCAUCGGAAACCCAAUGUGUACGAUGUCAUUGUAAAUCUCAAGACUCAAAUUGCCUCUUCCUUUCUCUCUGUUGAAUCUUUCUUCCAAGAACACCCAAAGAAACCCUAGCUUUCUUGAUCACAUCACAAACGAUGGCAAAACCCACUAACCUUUCCUCUCCAUAUCUCGUGUUCUUUAUGAUCUUCACUGUUAUUUCUUUCGCCAGAGCAGAGCUACAACAAAGUCCUGCGUAUCUGGGUUUUGUAUUCAACGCUACAGAACUCCCAUCGGAGGACUACUACGACUACAUCAUCAUCGGAGGCGGCACUGCCGGAUGUCCACUGGCGGCAACUUUAUCUCAGAAUUAUCGGGUAUUGUUGCUUGAAAGAGGCGGUGUUCCUAAUGGAAAGCCUAAUCUGAUGACCCAAGAAGGCUUUCUUAACAGUCUCACCGACGUCGACUCAUUUGACUCCCCUGCUCAAGCCUUCACUUCCGAAGAUGGCGUCCCCAACGCCCGAGGCCGGAUUCUUGGUGGUAGCAGUGCCAUUAAUGCCGGGUUCUACAGCCGAGCCGAUCAAGAAUUCUAUGGAAGAUCAGGUUUGAAUUUGGACCCCCGAGUGGUGAACCAGUCCUAUGAGUGGGUUGAGAGGGCUAUUGUGUUUAGACCAGAGCUCAAGAAUUGGCAAUCGGCAGUGAGAGAUGGGCUUUUGGAGGCCGGAGUCGAUCCCUAUAAUGGGUUUAGUUUGGAUCAUGUAGUGGGUACCAAGAUUGGUGGUUCUACAUUUGAUAGCUCUGGUCGUAGACACAGUGCCGCUGAUCUUCUCAGCUACGCGAAACCUUCCAAUAUUCGAGUGGCUGUGUAUGCAAGUGUUGAAAGGAUCCUGAUAGCCUCUUCUUCCACUUAUUCUGUGUCGAAGCAAUCCGCAAUUGGGGUUGUUUUUCGAGACCAGAUAGGAAACUACCACCACGCAAUGGUACGUGAAAAGGGUGAAGUAUUUCUCUCUGCAGGGACUCUUGGUAGCCCUCAGCUUCUGCUUUUGAGUGGCAUUGGGCCAAGGCCUUACCUCUCUUCGUGGGGAAUUCCAGUGGCGCAUCACUCGCCUUAUGUUGGACAGUAUCUGUAUGAUAACCCCAGAAAUGGCAUCUCAAUUGUGCCACCGAUGCCACUGGAGCACUCUCUCAUACAAGUUGUGGGUAUCACCAAUUCAGGGACUUACCUUGAAGCAGCCUCCAAUGUCAUUCCUUUUGCUUCCCCUGCUCGCUCUGUUUUUAUCAGGUAUCCAACUUCACCACUGUUUCUCACUGUAGCCACCCUUAUGGAGAAGAUUAGUGGGCCACUCUCCACGGGCUCGCUCAGGUUGGCAUCCACAGAUGUGAGGGUUAAUCCAAUUGUCCGUUUCAAUUACUUCAGUAAUCCGGUUGAUUUGGAGAAGUGUGUUAAUGGGACUCGUAGGAUUGGUGAUGUACUGAGGAGCCGUUCCAUGGAGGAUUUCAGGUUCAGGGGAUGGUUUGGGAGUGAUUUCAGAUAUGUUGGGCCUGAAUUGCCUGUUGAUCAAUCAAAUGAUCUGGUGAUGGGGGAUUUUUGCCGCCGCACAGUGAGUACAAUUUGGCACUACCAUGGUGGCUGCCUUGUGGGGAAGGUGGUAGAUCGCAAUUUCCGAGUUAUUGGGAUUGAUGCUCUUCGAAUUGUUGAUGGUUCCAUAUUAACUGUAUCGCCAGGGACCAAUCCUCAGGCUACUCUUCUGAUGCUAGGACGGUAUGUUGGUAUGAAGAUACUCAGAGAGAGAACGAGAUAAGAGUUGAUUUCUAACCCUGUUGUGCCAAAGAGAACUAUGGCUGCUAAUCUGUUAGCCUGCUACUAGUUCAUUCUGCUCUGAUUUUGUUUUGGCCUCUUCUGUGGUAUGUACUUCUGUCUCAAAGAGAGAAUGAAAUAGAGAACUUAGGCUGCUAAUCUGCUAGCCUGCUACUUGUACAUUCUGUUCUGAUUUUGUGAUAUGUACUCAUAUGUUUAGGGAGGUACAAG